AUGUGUUUAUACUCUUACAGGGCUGCUUUUGAACAUGUAAUUAAUUAACAUGAUCGACUACAGUCAGCAGAAGUCAGGCGGUGUCUGAUAACGAGUCUUCAGCCGCUGCUAUUCGCAAGCUGGCUCUCGGAACCGGGGCGAGGCGGUUUCAUGUCGCCCCCGUCUUCAGCGCCAGGGCCGGGGCGGCCAUGAGCCGCUUUGAGCCCGGCUCCAGCAUCGGUUACGGAAAGAUGCGCGAGAACAUCGGUGUCGUACGCAGGAGGCUCGGCAGGCCUCUGACUCUGUCCGAGAAGAUCGUCUACGGCCACCUGGACGAUCCGUCGGGGCAGGAGAUCGACCGCGGACGCACCUACCUGCGCCUGCGUCCGGACCGCGUGGCCAUGCAGGACGCCACGGCCCAGAUGGCCAUGCUGCAGUUCAUCAGCAGCGGCCUGCCCAGGGUGGCCGUGCCCUCCACCAUCCACUGCGACCACCUGAUCGAAGCUCAGAUCGGAGGAGCUCAGGACCUGCAGAGGGCAAAGGAAGUGAACCAGGAAGUGUACAACUUCCUUGCGACUUCCGCUGCUAAAUAUGGAGUCGGCUUCUGGAAACCAGGUUCAGGGAUCAUCCACCAGAUCAUCCUGGAGAAUUACGCCUAUCCGGGCGUGAUGCUCAUCGGAACCGACUCCCACACGCCCAACGGCGGCGGCCUCGGCGGCAUCUGCAUCGGAGUGGGCGGAGCCGACGCCGUCGACGUCAUGGCUGGAAUCCCGUGGGAGCUCAAGUGUCCCAAGGUGAUCGGAGUGAGACUGACCGGGACGCUGUCCGGUUGGACUUCCCCAAAGGAUGUCAUCCUGAAGGUUGCCGGCAUUCUGACCGUGAAAGGCGGCACGGGGGCCAUUGUGGAGUAUCACGGACCUGGAGUGGACUCCAUUUCCUGCACAGGAAUGGCCACUAUCUGCAACAUGGGCGCUGAGAUCGGAGCCACCACCUCGGUUUUCCCCUACAACCACCGCAUGAAGACGUACCUGCAGAAAACCGGCCGCCGAGAAAUCGCCUCGGCUGCCGAUGGGUUCAGAGACGACCUCGUUCCCGAUGAGGGCUGUGAAUACGACCAAGUCAUCGAGAUCAACCUCAGUGAGCUGAAGCCUCACAUCAACGGGCCGUUCACCCCCGACUUGGCCCAUCACGUGUCUGAGAUCGGAGCCGUCGCUAAGAAAAGCGGGUGGCCCCUGGAGGUUAAAGUCGGUCUGAUCGGCAGCUGCACCAACUCCAGCUACGAAGACAUGGGCAGAGCGGCCUCUCUGGCCAAGCAGGCUCUGGACAAAGGCCUGAAGUGUAAGGCCCAGUUCACGGUCACGCCGGGCUCGGAGCAGAUCCGCGCCACCAUCGAGAGAGAUGGAUAUGCCAAGAUUUUGAGCGAUGUUGGAGGAGUCAUUCUGGCGAACGCUUGCGGUCCGUGCAUCGGCCAGUGGGACAGGAGAGACGUUAAGAGGGGAGAGAAGAACACCAUAGUGACGUCCUUCAACAGGAACUUCACUGCCAGGAAUGAUGCUAACCCGGCGACUCACGCUUUCGUAACGUCUCCUGAAAUCGUCACAGCUCUGGCUCUGGCCGGGACCCUCAGCUUCAACCCGGAGACCGACUACCUGACCGCCCCCAGUGGGGAGAAGUUCAAGCUGGAGCCUCCCACAGGCGACGAGCUCCCGUCCAGAGACUUCGACCCGGGCCAGGACACGUACCAGCACCCCCCUGCUGAGAGCGCCUCGGUCCGGGUGGACGUGAGCCGCUCCAGCACGCGUCUGCAGCUGUUGGAGCCUUUCGACAAGUGGGACGGGAGAGAUCUGGAGGACAUGAGGGUCCUCAUCAAGGUUAAGGGAAAAUGCACCACCGACCACAUCAGCGCCGCCGGGCCCUGGCUGAAGUUCCGCGGCCACCUGGACAACAUCUCCAACAACCUGCUGAUCGGCGCCGUCAACAUGGAGAACGACGCCGUCAACAAGGUGAAGAACCAGCUGACCGGGGAGUACGGAGGCGUCCCAGACGUGGCUCGCUUCUACAAGGCCCACGGCGUGAACUGGGUGGUGGUGGGAGGUGAGAACUACGGGGAGGGAUCCAGUCGGGAGCACGCCGCCCUGGAGCCACGGCACCUGGGGGGACGCGCCAUCAUCGUCAAGAGCUUUGCCAGAAUCCACGAGGCCAAUCUGAAGAAGCAAGGCCUGCUGCCUCUGACGUUCUCCAACCCCGACGACUACGACAGAAUCCGCCCGGACGACAAGAUUUCCAUCACCGGCCUCAAGUCCUUCGCUCCCGGGAAGCCGCUGACGGCCGUGAUCAAGCACUGCGACGGAAGCCAGGAGUCCGUCUCCCUGAGCCACACCUUCAACGAGACGCAGAUCGAGUGGUUCAAGGCCGGCUCGGCUCUCAACAGGAUGAAGGAGCUGCAGUAGCUGCCUGAGAGGAGAGAAACGGCGGAGGGUGACCGGGCAGGAAACCCACUCGUGUUUAGUGGUUUUAGUGGUUUUCACUCCCAGGAUGCAACACACAUGCAUUAAAAAGGUCGCUGUACCGAUAGAAAGCGCACACUGACGAAUUAGCACUUAGGUUCUUAAAGCCCUCUCAGUUCACAUGUUGAGUUGCACAAGUUUAGUGAAAGUAUUUGGAAAAAAAUUAUAUAUAUUUAACUUUUGUUGCACUAGAAUCUCUUCAAUAUCUGAAACAUUCCAAUUACAGUGAAUCAUGUGAGCAUUUAAUGCUUCUUAUUAGUGUUUCUAGGCUUGAUUUAAACUCUGAUGUAACCAAAUGGGAACGUGACUUUUUAAUUUAAAAACAUGAAGCUCUGAAAUCUCUUACAACUCAACCCGUUCCAAAACUAGUCUUGUUUUUCCGAUGUAUCUCGUUUUAAAUGUUUAUCCGUAGAAACCAACCGAUAAGCUGAUCAUUUUUGUUCUGAUUUUUAUCGUUUUUGUCGACCCUUUACUGUGAAGGUUUAAGGCGAUCCCAGGUCGUCCUUUCCUGCUUUCUGACAUCGUUACUGACUUGAACAAAUGGACUAAAUUCACUGUACUACUAACUGUCAUGUUGUUGCAUCUUUGCCAAAAAUUAACUUAGAAACCAAUCAUUCGUCUGUGCUGUCAGCUGCAGCUCAUUCUUUUCUCAAUUUAUGUAUUUUUCUUUAACGUAAAAAAGCUAUUUUCGUCUGCACUAGUCACGUCAGUGUCCACACACUCCCUGCAGCCGUUCCCAUGAUGCUGCCUUAUACAGCGCCUCGCAAAAGUAUUCAUAACACCUCAACUUCUUAACUUUUUGUGAUAUCACAGCCACAAAAUUCAGUAGUUCUUUUGUUUUUGUUUUUUAAAUGGGACAGACCAACACAAAGUUAUGGAUAAUUUUGAAGAGAAAAAAAUUAUGCAUGAUCAUUUGAUGAUUUCUUUUUCAGAUAAAAAUCUGGUAUGCAAUUGAAUUUUUGGGUAUCGGAAGAAAAGGGGCUGAUUAGAAGGGAGUUUGCUGCGCCCUUUUAUCUACCUUGUGGGCAGAAAACAGUUACAUGCCACACUUUUCAGAUUUUUUUUUUGUCAGAAAAACCCCCCGUCAACAUUACAACUAAGCCCUGCUUUGUAUUGAUCUUCCAUAAAAUCAUAAUAAAAUACGUUGACAAUUUCAAAAAGAUAAAAAAAAAAAAAAAAGACUUUUGCAAGGCACUUUGAAUCACUGUGAUUCCUCACAAACCAGAAUAAAUUACCCGUUCUGCUGCAGUAAAUUGACAUAUUUUCAUUUUUUAAAUGAAUGUUUUGUGUCGAGGUUUGUUUCGGCUUUUAAAAAAAUGUCCGUCAUCGUCAGACUCCUGUCGUCCCAUCUGGAAAAUCUGAAACGGGAGCUUUUAAUCUACCAAGACCAGGUUCGUUUAUCUGGACCGUAGAGCCGUUCUGUGUGGGGAAAAACCCAGUGUCACAGUCCGUCUAUAGAGGAAAACUCCACACAUGCAUCAUGUUGUGAAAUCCUGUGGAGCUUCGCUAACCUGUCCAGUUUUUCUGUGGUUCGUCAGAACGUCUGCUUGCUGCUGUAUGAAUGAAUGUUGUUCCACUUUCAAGGUUCUCCAUGAUGGGAACGUUGUUCUCUCUUAACGCACAAUCUAGUAACCGGGUGCCUGUUCUCUCUUGAAUUUCAUUCGCUGCCAGUAGAAAGUCUGGAAAAAUAAGUGUGGGUGAAGGAGGAGGCCAGACGUGACCUCGAUGUUUAACCAAAUAUCUUUUCAAAUAUAAUCCCUGAAGAUAUUCAAUUAAUAUUGUCGUCAUUUAUUUCCUUGAUUCUGCAGUCUGAUGCAUGGACAUCAGGGUGAACCUUUCGCUUAAAUUUCACAGGAAAUCUGUAAAUUCACAACAGGCAAAUGUUAGUACUGAUUGUAGUUGAUUUAAUUUGUCUUUCAAUCCUAAUUUGGUGAAGGUGAGCAUUGAUACUUUUGACUAAAUAACUCCUUAAAUGCUUAAAUAACUAACUUGUAAUGUGUCAUCAUAAAUUGUCUUAUAAAAUUUUCAAGCUUACAGGUUGAAAUGAUUUACCAGGUUUAAUUUUCCAGUCUUUUUCAUAGAAAGUUGCUCUUUUCAAAUGCAUAUGACUGAUAACUCGGCUUUAUUUACCCUCUGAAUAUUGUGAAACAUUUGUCUUUAACAGUGAAACAAGGCAAGGCCUUGCUGUUUGGUGUGAGACAAUUAAUCAAAAUGGCAGCCAACAUGAUGGCAUUAUCUCCUGGUUGAACUCAGUUGUAAUCUGUAUGACCAAGCUGCUACUGUUGAAAUGUCUUCUAAACAUGUCUUUUAAUAUGGAAGGAUGCGCUUUCGUAGUCAUGAUUGCCAUCAGUUGAUUAUUUUGUAAAAUUAAUCUGCUGGUUUUGUAUCUUACAGAGUUGAAAUAAAGUGAUAUUUACAAAUAUAAAUAAUAAAGAUGUGGAAUUAUUGA